GAGAUGACUAAACUGCUUGGAGUAACCCUGGAUUGUAAACUGUCAUAGUCAAAACAUAUUGAUACAACAGUACCUAAGUUGGGGAGAAGUAUGUCCGUAAUAAAGUGCUGCUCUGCCUUCUUAACAACACUAUCAACAAAGCUACUACUGUUAAGUCGUUUGGUCAGGUGCCACAAAUUUAAGACAUGGCAAAAUGCGUAGGAUUUGAAAUUGUAUUUUUUUUUUUCGUCAACAAGAGUGGUUCUCUGUUCACUGUACAUUUGAUACUUUUCCCAUUGUGUUUGGCCAAAGAGUGUUGCCCUCUUUAUGUGGGUGGGUAUAUACUAUAGCUCCUGUUAGUUUGUUUCACAAUAAAUGUAUACAAAUGGAUGAAAAAACACCACACUACAACAGCAUUUCUAGCUCAUAAAGGUGGAAUCUAUAUGUUGAGUUUUUUCCCCCUAAAGUGUUGCCCUGAGUUUUUCUGUGAGUUAUUAGCGUACAUUUUUCAGGACAGUUGUAGUUUGUUUCAUUGCCACGAGGUAGAGAAAAAGGUAUGGAUUGCGCCUUUAAUACACCAAACAUUCAAUCACAAUGAAAGACACAAUGUAUACACGAGGUCACUCAAAUCUAAUACCGACACAUAAAACAACCAGGAAAAUUGCCUAGAACUAAGACAGGCUAAUGGAGUUUUCACAUUAUGAAAUUCGGUUCCAUGGUUCAGUUCCCUGUAGCAUUUGUGAGAAUUGUACAGAAUAAAUGUUGCUUUCAAAAGAACCCGAAAAGAACUGAUUUGGGAUGUGAUCAGCACGACGCACAUUCUACAUGACGUUAGCGAGCUAGCUUGUUUACAACGGGCAAAAAAGUUCCACGCGACUGGUCUUGAAUCCUGGACCCAUUACUCAUGCAGGUCCAGGAUUAAUUUCAGCCAGGGUUUGCUUGUGUUUCACACAUGCUUUAUACCGUGGAUCAGGGUACCAAACACUCCAGGAAAAUAUCGUAAGGGGAUAUGGGAAUUCAUCACUUUAGAAAGUGUCAAAUGUCAACAGAGAAUAUGUGGACGUUCCAUGGGAGUUCUCUAACUGGCACAAUGGAACAAAGAGAAGGAUGUGAAUCAUGACUGCCCAUGGAACGCCACACACGCACCACAACAUUGAUAGUGACUAAACCACACCUAGACACUAAAUAUCAUUUUUCUUGUUCUAUUGGUUGAGGUGAACGGUAAGGUUGACAUGUUUUGUUCUCAUGAAUUGUUGUAGUGAAUAUGUGUCCUUGAACUAUUUGGUUCAUUAAAGGUCUUUGUAGCCUAGUUGUUCUAACUUUAUGAUGUCCAUGACAUGUUUAGGCAUGUUUUCGCUGGUAAGGGAAAAGAUACAGGAUUUUAUUCCCCCUUUACUGUUUAUUGGGACAUGGCACAAUCUGGCCUACCCCUCCCAACAGAGGCCCAACCUCUAUUUCCCUUUCAUGCUUUCUAAUCCUGCCGUAAGGGUGUCCAGAAGAACUUGUUCUCUCCCUUCGUUUAUAAGACUUCGUCACUGUUUCUUAUCGCUUUAUUGAACUGAUGAGUACCAAAAACCCAGAGAAAUGUUUCACAGGUGCACAGCUCACAUAGGGAGUGUAAAUGAAUGACAUCCCCGCAGGUCUGAAUACAGCAUGACAAGAACAACCUGUUCACCGGUGCCAAAAUGCUGUCAAGUACUUUCCUUACAGGAGCUUUGCGUAUCUUCCUGGUAGGGAUCCUCUGUCUAGGAGGAUUUGUGACACUGUUUUUUAUGUAUUACAAAUCAGCUCUGGACUGUACUCCCCAGCCUCAUUACUCAAAGCGACCUGAGAACAGGUCCUUGUCUAAGCAGCCAGAGCCAGAAAAGCCCAUCAUGCUGUUGUGGUUCUGGCCUGAAAACCGCAGGUUUGAUUUUAGCGAUUGUGCCACUUUCUUCAACAUUGAUGGCUGCCACCUGACAGAUGACAGGUCUCUGUACAACAAGGCAGAUGGUGUGCUCAUCUUUCACAAAUCCAUCAAAUACGAUUUAUCCAACUUGCCUCCAUCACCUCGACCACCAUUCCAGAAGUGGAUUUGGUAUCAUGUGGAAUCACCUACAAAUACAAUUAGGAUACCUGGUCUAGAUAACCUUUUCAAUUUAACCUUGAGUUAUAGGGAAGACGCAGACAUCCCUGUGCGUUGGCGCUUGACCGUAAGGAAAGGCCAGGGUGAGGACUUUGUGCUGCCCAAGAAGGAUAAAUUAGUUUGCUGGAUUGUGAGCAACAAUGACCCUACCACUGGAACAGGGGUAAGGCACAAAUAUUACAGAGACCUUGUAAAACACAUUAAGGUGGAACUCUUUGGCACAGCCUUUGCUAGAUUCUUGAAAUAUGAGGACUACUACUCAACACUCUCCAGCUGUAAGUUCUACCUCUCCUUUGAGAACUCGGUCCACAAAGACUACAUCACAGAGAAGCUAAACGGACCACUUGCAGCAGGAACAGUGCCAGUAGUAUUGGGCCCACCGAGACAGAACUAUGAAGACUUUGUCCCAGGAGAUUCCUUCAUCCAUAUUAAUGACUUUCCCGAUGCAAAAGCCCUGGCGGAAUUCCUCCUCAAGUUGGACAAGGAUGAUGAGGCAUAUCUGCGCUACUUUCAGUGGCGUAGAAACUUUUCUGCUCAGCAACAUCUGGUUCAACUGAGUCAAGAGUUCAUUCAAGCUAUUUGCUAUGCCUGUGACCACAUAGGCAAACAUUGGGAGUACAGGGUUGUUCACGAUGUUUACAAAUGGUAUUUUGGUUAAUCAGUCACUUACAUCCUCAUCGGUGUAUGUGCUGUUACCACUAUAUUACCCUCUUCUCUCCGUGUACAGUAUCAUGUGGAAUUUAGUCACACCCAGCAUCCCACAUUAGCAACGUUUACACAGUGCCUUUACGACCUAUUGCACUACUUGUAAGAUAAGUGUACCUGGUUGUUUUACUGUACUAGUGUCAUAGCUAGGUAUUUAAGUAUCCAGAACCAUUCAGGCUCUUAUCUUUAUAACUACCGAACAACUAACCUCUGCACUAUUUAUUGUCUGAAUUACUACCUGUAUGUGUGUUUUAUAUCUUUACACUCACACAUUUUGAGCUGAAAUAAUUAAAGGGUAGUUCCACCAUUUUUAAAAAUGAUCUCCAGCACAAUACCAGUGUCUACAAACGU